AUGGGAAUGUCAGGGGAUGCCGCUAUAGCAGUCGAAUGGGGUGUGUUCGGCAUCACAUUCCUCUUUGUCGGGCUGAAAAUAUUUGCACGGCAUCGGGCUGGUCGACUCGGCUUUAGCGACAUCUUGAUCGGCCUUACAUGGCUGAUGUUUCUGAUAACCAAUACUUGCGACAAUGAGCUUUGGAGGAGGGGGUUGUAUCGGGAUGAUCUUUCUUGGAAGGAUGACUGGUCAAAUGUGAUACCAGAUCCCGAUACUCGGAUGACGCUGAUGAAGAUCAGCUAUGCUUCUUAUUUCCCAUACAUCCUUCAACUCUGGGGUGUCAAAUUCUCUUUUCUGGCUCUCUAUUAUAGUCUCGUCAGCUCUCGACUCCCUAAACUCCGACUUGUCCUCCAUUUCAUCACCGGUUAUACCAUCAUUACACUUAUCAUAUCUAUCGUUUUAAAUCUUGCUUGGUGCACACCAAUAUCUAGAAACUGGGAUCUUGAUUCGACUGCCCGUACCACUUGCUUUGCCGGUCUCGUUCCAGACCUCGUCCCUGUGGUUUUCCAUAUUUCCUCUAGUUUUGCGCUUUACCUAUUCCCUUUCGUUCUCCUUAACUCCUUACGGGUACAUCUUCCAGGCCCACAGUUCAACGGGAUACUGGCAUUGUUUGGUCUCGGGGCUGCCUGCAUCGGCAUUACCAUCGGCAGAUUCAUUGCUAACGGAGACGAAGCCAACAUCCCAACAAUAGCUGUCUGGACAGCUAUGGAAAUGGCGAUAGGUCUGAUAGUUGUUUGUUGUCCGGCUCUCAAGAUUCUCUUCCCAGCGAAGUGGAGAAAGCCGGGCACCAUUCAAUUACAGUCUGGCAUCGAUGAGAGCACCGAUGGGAAAGACGGAGAAACCGUCAAAUCCUGGCUUAGUGUUCGAACAAGAACAAUUUCGAAGACAAGUGAAGGCAUGAGUACAUGGUACCGUGGCUCCGUUGACACCUCAGACUUGGAAAUGGAAUCCCAGACCAUUCAAACACAAAACUCGAGCUCGAACCAACGGAGAAGUGGGAGGUCCUCUCAACAGCGUCUUCUCUCUCGCAUCUCACAGUUCCGGGAGGGCUCGGUUCGAGAACCAGAGGCUGCUUAUAUGCCCGGUACUCCAUCAUUAGGCAGUACACCACCAGACCGUCGAAAGCCUUCUAGAGACGGAGCAAUGUACCCGCCUUCUGAGUUCAAGGUCGAAGAAAGCUUGCGACAAAACAAUGGAAAUGUUCAAGAGAGCGUAAAUGCACUUCGGGAUGAUAUCCUCCGAAGUAUAAGCUUCGCAUACGAUGAACAAUCCUAUAACCAUAAUCACCAUACCCACACGCAACCAAGAAAGACAUCGAGAGAAGGGUGGCGCUGA